AUGCGUGCCAAAGCUUCCUAUCCGGCUUUGAACCUGCGUCUGGACGCCGUCGCCAGCAUGCUCGUCGCCGCAGCUGCCUCCACCCAUGUGCCCACGCCCGUCACAGCGAUCACCCCCAAGACGUCUCCACCGCCUACAGCAGUGGGCACGCCGUACGGCCACCCCGCGCGCUUGCCUCUCGCUCAUGCGUACCACCACGUUCACGAUCCCGACCGCGAUACCUCGGACCCGGACUCACAGAUUCGGCGCGACACGUCACGUGACCUGGUCGUUACCAAUCUGCGCUGGCAAGUGCUCCCGGCGCCGGGCUUGCAAGUCUCCGCGCCCGUCCUCAUCCCCGCCCCGACACUUGAAGUGCCCGCCCGCUCCGCCACCCUUCCACCCGCCGCCCCUGCCGUUUCCCAUCCCCGAGCGAGAGCCGCCAACGCGGUCUCGCUCGGCGCAGCUUCCGCUCCCUGCCCUUGCCGUGUACCCAUCCCCGAUCUCGAGCGGGAGCCGCCAAUGCGGUCUCGCUCGUCGCUGCUUCCCCCCGCGUCUGCCGUUCGCCCAUCUCCGAGCGGUAGCCGCCAACGCGGUCUUGUUCGGUGCGGGCUCUCACUCCCGCGUCUGCCAUCUGCUCCUCUCGGCGUGCGAGCCGCCCAUGCGGUCUCGCUCGGCGCCGCUUCUAUCCCCGCCACCGGCAUUUGCUCAGCACCGAACGCGAGCCACCAAUGCGGUCGCGCUCGGAGCUGCUUCCUCCCGCCGCGCUCACCUGUCGCCCGCCUAGCUCCGAGCGGGAGCCGCCAAUGUGGUCUCGCUCGGCGCCGCUUCCACCCCCCGCAUCUGCCGUUCGCCCAGCCUCGAGCGGGAGCCGCCAACGCGGUCUUGCUCGGUGCAGCUUCCACCCCCCGCCUGCCGUUCGCCCCUCCCCGAGCGCGAGCUGCCUAUGCGGUCGCGCUCGGCGCCGCUUCCACCCCCUGCCCUCCGUUUGCCCAAUCCCGAGCACGAGCCGCCAACGCGGUCGCACUCGGCGUCGCCUCCCCUCCCCGCCCUCUUUCGCCCAUCGCCGAGCGCGAGCCGCCAACGCGGUCGCGCUCGCUGUAUCUUCCUCCCUUCGCGCUCACCUGUCGCCUGUCCAGCCCCGAGCGGGAGCCGCAAAUGCGGUCUCGCUCGGCGCAGUCCCCCCUCCCGUUCGGCCAGCCCCGAGCGCGAGCCGGCGUGGUUUGGCUCGGCGUCUCCGCUGCGCCAACGCGCUCGCCUCCACUGCACUAA